AAACUAGGUAUAUGUAGGAACGUACCCUUCCCACAAUGUCUCCCCAAAAUGGGUAUGUGUAGCCUCCUAAUAAAUUCCUCAUUCCUUCUUUGAUGAAGAACACCCCCUUAGAAAUUAUUCCUGUGUUCUCCUCAUUUGCUGCAGAAGAUAAAUCUUUCUCCUCUCUUUCAUGCUUGGCUAUAUUUAUUUGGACUUUGCACUUACCAAGACGCAUUCUCAUUGCGUUAGGUAACAUCUUCCCUGUACAUUGUAAAUUUCCACAUUGUAGGGAGUUGAGAGAAAGCUUGAGUUUUCAGAUUGGAGGUGCUCAAAUAGCGGGGCAUAAACAAGAAGGAUGGUGUUUUCCUUGAGUUUGUGUGGAAGGAGCCUCCAAGGCCAUUAACAGUGACAGAGAAAGGUCAGUAGAGAGGGCAGAAAAGGGCAAAAUCUAGCCAAUCAACACUGUCGGCUGCUUGAUGACACAUGUCAUCUCAGCUUCACGCCUUGCCGCUUACACCCCCCCACCCAGCCAAUCAGACGCAAGGCCCAAGCUCCGCAGCCAAUCAGCUGCAGUGAAAAACCAGGCGCUUCACUGGCUGGUCGGCACCCAACAGGCACCAAUAAGGAAAGAGCAGGGCCAGAGCUCCAGCCAAUCAGCGUCUGCCUCAGGACCAAGCCGCGGAGGCUGCGCGCUCUCGCGCUGGUGGCCUCGAGGUGCUGGUCCGGCGUCGAGCCCCACUUCCUAACGGCCACUCCGGCCCGUGCUGCCCUCCGAGUGGGUGAGGUUGAUGCGGGAAGAGACCGAACUGAGAAAUGUCAUUUGUCAUCAGCCCAGGAAAAGGAGAUUUUUCUCUUCGAAGACCACCACAGGCUUCCUGGGGUUGCCCCCCCUCAGAGUCUGCUGGGAGGAUCUGAGUCACACACACCCAGUCCUUGCUGUGGUCCAGGGAACAAGGGUCAGCCUCACAGAGUAAAAGGGGCUUAAUGUACUAAGCCAGGAAGGGAGGGACGAGGUUCCGCCUUUGGUUCCCCUGUGCUUCAGAUUCUGUUUCUGUCCUUAUACUAUGAGGUAUCAGAAACGGUCCCCAGCUCCUCCAUGCGACUGUCGCCUCUGAGACAGAACUAAUAGCAGCUGAGUGUUGUGCUGAACUCACAGACCACUUCCUCAUGCAUGCCACUUCAUCUCCCCCUGCGCACACACCUCGAAAGAUCACUGAUAUUUGAUGCAUGAGGUGACUGAGGCUCAGAGAGAUGACUUGCCCAAGGUGAUUCAACUAGGAAAUGGCAGAGAUGAGGCUCAGACUGUGACUAUUCCAAAGUUCCUGGCCCCACAGAUUCACGUCUAAUAAGGUAGAGUUAGAGUGAGGAACUGUCCGGGUUGUCAAAAGUAGAUGGUAGUCUCUUGUAGGUCUCAAGCAGAGACAGAAGAUAUAAAGCCACACCCCUUUGGGGGACUGUGGCAGAUUGAUACUUGGGAUGACUGAGGACAGGGGUGGAGCUAGCUGGAGGGGAGCCCCAAGAGCAGUAGAGAGCAUGCGGUGCUAGGAGGCAGCUUACAGAGGUGAGUGACUGUCUCCCUGCAGCUAAGCCUUUCCUCCAUUCCAACCCUUUCUGUUCCGUCCCUGCCACCUUGCACCACUCACCCCAAGGUGUCCAAGUAGUAACUCUCCCUCCUACAAGGGCCCCUCACUCAUGGAGGGUCUGCAGGCGCGGGAGGGCUAGGCCUGCUAGGUGCUAAGACACUUGGGCUAUUUCUUGAUCUCCGUCUCCAGUAUUCUGGGAGGCCCGUGUGAUGUUUUUGUGGGUGAUUAAACUCUUGACUUGUUGGGCACUUUCUGGGCUUUAUUUUUGGCUUAUAAAACCAGAAAUCAAACCAUGCUUUAGGCUCAUUCUGAGAGGAGAUAGCUUCCCCUUCUCAAGGUUCCCUUUCCUUUCAGUUCCACAGGCAUCACAGCCUCCUCUAAACCUCUGCUGUGGCUCUCAUUCACUGGACAGGAAUCUCUGGUCUUCCUAAUUCCUUCCCUGAGGAUGUCUUCUAGACAUGUCAGCCUUGGAGAGUGACGCCCUAGAGCCUGCUCUCCUGCUGUGCCUGAGGAUUUGCGGGAUCUCCCUCCCCUUUCUGCCAUGGACCCCCCAUUGUGACUUUUCUUUUGGAGCUUCUGAAACGGGUAGAUUAGCCAGGAGCCAUGCCCCAGACCCCCACAAGACUGAUCAGCCCCUAUGGCUCUGAUAGGUUGGUGCAGUUAGCUGCUAGGCUUCGGCCAGCACUCUGUGAUACCCUGAUCACUGUAGGGGGCCUGGAGUUCCCUGCUCACAGCUUGGUGCUAGCAGGGGCAAGUCCAAGGUUGGGUUGCAGGGGCCGUUGGGCUCUGGUUGAAGGCAUCAGCCCUUCUACCUUUGCUCAGCUUCUAACCUUUGUGUAUGGAGAGAGUGUAGAGCUACAGCCUGAGGAGCUGGGCAACCUUGAAGAGGCAGCCAGAGCGUUGGGGGUGCAGGCCCUGGAAGAGGCAUGCAAGAGAGCGCAAAAGGACAAGAAUGGAGAUGAGCUGGAUCCAGGACUGAAGAGGCACCAGGAGGCAGAGGAACUCAUGAGGAAUUCUGAGAGAGGACUUGGGGGUCCUGGAGAGAAACAGAAACCAGAGAAGGAUUUUAGAAGUAAUGGGAGAGAACAGGAGAUGCUAAAUAAGCGCAGAGCCCCCGGAGAGAGCCCUGAGAGGGCAGGGAUAACUAGGAAGAUGAGAUCAGAGGAGGCCCUCAGCCCAGCCCCCGUGGGCCACAGGGGAGCAGAAAGGAAGCAAGGAGAGGCCCUACGAGGAGGUAUAGAGAGCCCUGAGGGCUCUGAGGAGUGUCUCCGUGGGUGCCCUGGUCCCCUUUCCCCACCAGGUUCCCUCCUAACCAGCCUCAUUCCCAGGCCCUGGUGGGCUGAGGCCCCUUGGUGUAGAGAGGGCCAACCUACCCUGUGGAGCAUUUUCCUGUGGCCGCCCAGAUAUGGCACUCCCUUCUCCCUUAGCACCCCCAUCACUGCAGCCUGGCAGGUCUGGCCUCAAGACCAGAGGAUCCCACUGACCUUGAGGGACUCCAAAGGUCUCUGGAGUCAGAAUCAGCUGGCCUCCUCCAGCCCCACUCCAGGAUCCUUCCCCCAGGGCCCUGAACAACCCAGCCCUUGGGAGAUAGAAGAGUCUGGGCAAGGGCACACAGGCAUACUGGCAACCUGUGUGGGUCAAGAUCACACAUUGAGCUGCCCAUCCCACCAACACCCACCUUCACCCCCUCCUGCUCGCUCUCGGCCCUAUUCUUGCUCUGUCUGUGGAAAGAGGUUUUCACUCAAGCAUCAGAUGGAGACGCAUUACCGAGUCCACACAGGAGAGAAGCCCUUCUCCUGUAGCCUCUGUCCUCAGCGCUCCCGGGACUUCUCUGCCAUGACCAAGCACCUGAGGACACAUGGGGCUGCUCCCUAUCGCUGCCCUCUGUGCAGGGCUGGCUGCCCCAGCCUGGCUUCCAUGCAGGCGCACAUGCGUGGCCACUCGCCCAGCCAGCUGCCGCCUGGAUGGACCAUACGCUCCACCUUCCUCUACUCUUCCUCGAGGCCGACUCGGGCCUCGAUCUCUCCCGGGAAUCCUACCUCCUCCUCUGCCACCUGACCGAGUGUUGGUAGCUUCCCUGGCUUGACAAGCGUCCAGUCGAAGAAUGAACGGCGGGCGGGCUCAGCCUGUCUCUAGGGCUGCCAGGCUAAUUUGACAGAAGCGCUGCGCUGCGGGACAGGAACCACGAACCCUCUCCGGAUGAGUGAGGGUUGCAGAAGUCUCGGCCGGCUGGCGGCGAGUCCGAGUCAAAGACAUUUAAAGUUGGCCGGAAUGAAGAUUAACUGGGGACUAUCAAUUUCAUCACUAUAAUAAAGUUUCCUGUGUUCUGUA